AGUGACCUGGGGAGGGCAGCAUUACUGGUGGUUAGCGAUGCGUCUGCCGAAAACGACAACAGAAGAAGGGCACCACGUGACCAAGCAUCGUCCCCACACUUUGACUGAUGGUGAAACGUCGUUGUAAAUAAGCAGUUUUCAGCGAAAGAAGAGGAAAAUCCCGGGGCGGAUAAACGUCAAGACUGACAGAGAUGCGCAGGUUGGGCUCCGUGCAGCACAAGGUGCCGUGUGUGUUCGUGACGGAGGUGAAGGAGGAACAGUCCAGAAAACGAGAAUGUCAGCAAUUUCAGGUUUUGGCUUCUGACCGUGUGAAUCCCGUGGCUUUGGAGGCAGAUGUUCAUAAUGCAGUGGCCACAGAGAAGCUGGACGGAACCUGCUGUUACGUUACACUCUAUAAAGGACGUCCUCACCUCUGGGCUCGACUCGACAGGAAACCAAACAAACAAGCAGAGAAAAGGUUUAAAAAGUACCAACACGUGCACAGGAGCUGCAAAGGUUUUUCGUGGAACCUAGAGGAAGACUUUAAAUCGGUGCCAGAGCAGUGGAUCCCAGCUCACAGAGUCAAACAUGACAACGGGCGUCCCAUACCUGACCAACUGGGCCACAUCCCAGGCUGGGUUCCAGUGGACAAGGACAACAAACAGUACUGCUGGCACUCCUCUGUGGUGGACUUCAGAGUCGGUGCUGCUGUUGUUCUACGGCCCACUGCGGAUGACGACCAUCGACUGGAGGUGGCUGCAGUUCCACUGUCUGACCUGAUGGAGCAAACACUGGAGCUCAUUGGAACCAACGUCAAUGGAAACCCCUACGGACUGGGCAGUAAGAAGCAGCCACUCCACUGCCUGGUUUCACAUGGAAGCAUCAGGAUCAGGAACGCUCCGUCUGUGGACCUCCAGCAGCUCUGCUCCUGGUUCCAGCAGAGUCCAGAGGGACGAGUUGAGGGCGUCGUUUGGCACUGUGACGACGGCACACUUGUAAAGAUUCACCGCCACCACGUGGGUCUGAUGUGGCCAGACGGGGGCUCCUACCUUGGAGACAGGCCGGUGGUCAUUCAUGUGGACUGGACAAGUGACGAGUGCAGCGGCAGCAAGAACCUGUUCACGUCUCUGUCCGCCCUAAACGGACACACCUUCGGUCGACUUCAGGACAUCCAGUUUGAGCCAUAAUGGCACAGCCAGUCGUUCCUGUUCCUGAGGUGACCUGUGAGAACUUCCUGUUCCACAGAGAGAGUUCCUCAGUUGCACUUAAUGAGUGGAAAACAGAAUCCCAGUCUAAUGCUCUUCUCAUGAACUGGUAACGUCCACAGAGAUGGUCUUCACCACAGUGGUUCAGACUGAAUGACUGUAGGAGGUACAGGCUCUAACACUGCUGUCAUCAUGCUGAAAACAUCAUCACAUCAUCAAUGACAGCAUGUUUAGUUAGAUUUGCUACAGUUUUAGCAUUUACUAAAUUAUUGCUAAAUGUGAUAGCUAAACUUCAAAGAAAAUGUUUUAUAAUUUGUCCAACUCUAUGGCUGCAUUUACUGUAUGUACCAGUGACCUACCGGCAGAGGGCCCCGUGGAGCACAUCAGUCACUACUUCAUACAACCACAUUUGGAAGAAAAAAAAGCACCGGACAAUCAAGAACUUGGAAUCUUAUACAAAAUGCAAUAGAAAAGCAUGAUGUUAUUAACUUUCAUGAAGAGAAACAAGUAAAUAUACCUGCUGUAAUAAUGUGAUUUUUUUUUUCUUGUCAGUGAUGCCAUAAUAGACUGUAAAUACUGUCGGCUACAGACACAGUGUCAGUGCUGAAGAAUAAAGACCAAACAUCUGCACAGGGA